GAAAAAGAGAGACAAAGAAGUAACAAAGUUCUCAGGUUUCUGUAUAUGUCUCUCCUGAUUAAGGUUCCAAAUAACUAGGUACCAAUGUAUAUUUGUAUAUAGAGAAAUAUAGACGCGUCCACAUUGUCUAUGUGUGUUCUAUCGUUGUUAAAUCUGAUGGAGAGGAAAAGAUGAACAUUCGUCUUAGGGCUAGUCUUCCUAUAUUACAAUAAUAGGUCUAUCUAAUCCACUACGGUGUUGCAGAAAAAUAUUUUUGUGCAAAUGAUGACCGCAAACGUUUUAAAUUGAUCUAUAUAUUUGCAUAGAUACAUAUUUAUGAACGUUGGAUGCGUGACCGACAUAUUGUUGAUUUAUGAGCGUCCAUCAAAAAAAUUAACUCGAAAUGAUGCGGGUGACAGUAAUGUCAAAAGCACCUAUAUUGGUAGGUCGAAGUAAUAUGUAAAUAUAUGUUCGAUGCAUAACCAAAUAGAUUCAAAUAAACUCAAUCAAAUAGUUUCCACAUUAAAACGACGUAUUGUUAAGCGGUUUUUAACUUAUGAAAGUGACAUUUUACUUUACUCUGGUUCCAAGCAUGACAAUAACUAAAUCGGCAAAUAUUUUCGAAGUCUUGACAAACGGUCUGAUAUAGUUCCAAGCAUCAGUAUUUUGUGGUACCGUUUUUGCAGCGAUAACUGCCGCUAGUUUUUGGGGUAUGCUUGUGAUGCUGUCUUAACUAUAAAGGGAUCCUGUUGUCACACAUGAGUGAUUUUUUACCGAUAUCUGGAAUAUCUGUUAUUUCAUGCCCUUUCCAAGCGCAUGGUUUCACGAUUUUCUGAGCAUUACCUAUUGAGGUGAGACCACGGCAGCACCCGAACGACCUGGAGGUACUCGGUGCUUUGUAACAAGGUGUUCCAUCGCGCGUGAAGGCAUCGUCACUGUCAGGAAACCAUUCCCAGACCCGAGGCGGCAUCUUGCUCUCGAUAACCUUAGCAUAUUCCCACUGCUCUAGUAUUCCUUGCGCGAAAUAUAUUAUUCCGGUGCGUUUGCCAGAACUCAUAAAUCGCAUUAUACUUUUAUUGAAUGUUAGAUUUCUAGCACGACGCAGUCAUCAAGUCGUUUGAAUAAAUGAUGGGCGUUUCUUCAACAAUUUCAAAAUGAGAUUCAUCGAAGAUAUAGACUUUUUCAGUUUUCAAUAAUUCAAUUUCUACUUAGUUUGUUUAAUGAAGGCGAGCUGGUUUCACUUUAUCUUUCGACCGAAGUUUCUUGGUAGCUCCACUAACCUUGAAGCCAGCCCACUUGAGUCGGCGGCAAAGCGUCAUUUUUGACACAGUGGGUUCACGCUCUUCUAAUUUGCUCUGGAGGACAUUAUACAAGAUAAAUUUAUCCUUUUUAAGCUCGUAAAUAAUCACACGGUUCACCUUUUUAAUUAAUUUUUUAGGUUUUUCUUAGAUUCUAACAAAGUUGCUAAAUGAAUGUUAAAAAAUAUGGAAAGUUUCCGCAGUUUCACAUUGUGCACGUUUGUUUCAACCAAGCAAUCUGCUCAUCAGUGACAUCUCUUCCUCUUCCCAUUUCGAUAUAUGUACGGAAACACCCAAUAUCACCAGAAAACACUCCAACCGGUCAAGCUCACUUAAACACCACGACCUAGUGCUUCAGUGGGGGCAACAGUCGUGUCAGGCGGUGAGAAAGAAGGCACCGGUUAUAGACUGUGCACUAACUACUAGUAGAACUAACACAAAAUAUGAAUGCUGAAUUUGCUGAAAUCUGAUUACAGCAAGCUGUCACGCCUACGAUCUCUAAAAUACGAUACGGCAGUUUUAAAUAUCGCAUCGUCUAUCAACAGUUUGAAAAUCUCAAAAGACUUACGACGACGGAGGCGCGCGCCCACAACGGAGCGGAACGUAGGCGAACACGAGUGUGAGGUGUGUCACAAAAGGUUCCGACAGAUCGGCCAUCUGACCAACCACCUGCGACUACACACAGGCGAGCGCCCGUUUGAAUGCAACAUUUGCCACAAACGAUUUACGCAAGCCGGUCACUUGGUAUCUCAUAUCCGGUCACACACGAAUUCGCGUCCAUAUCAAUGUCAGUAUUGCCACAAAAGGUUUACACAGAGUGGACACCUCACAAAUCACGAACGCCUCCAUGUCGGAGAAAAGCCGUAUCAGUGCAAAGUUUGUUUCAAAAACUUCACGCAAUCGGGUCAUUUAGUGAACCACAUGAGAUUACACGACGGCAAAAAACCAUUCCAGUGCCCAAUUUGCCACAAGAAGUUCACCCAAUCCGGGCACCUGCACAACCACGUUAAGUUACAUGAGGGCGGCAAGACACAUCAGUGCGAGUUCUGCAACAAGAAAUUUUCGCAGGCGGGUCAUCUAGUUGACCACAUUCGGACGCAUACGAACGAGCGACCAUUCGAAUGUUCGGUUUGCGGCAAAGCUUUCGCGCAAAACUCUCAUCUAACUGCUCACAUGCGGACCCACCGAAAUAUUGUUCUUGAUCCUCCGGUCUCAUCAGCCCUGUCAGCAUUAGCUGCUGCACCCGUAAUGGCCGCGGCCAUGGCACCGCCUCCACCGCCCCCGCCAACGCAUCCAAUGGGUUCGUCAAUGGCGUCAAUUGCCAGCGUGGCCGGACUUGGUCCCGUUGGUGGUUCUUGCCCGCCGGUUUCGACAAUGGGUCCCAUGAACACUAUGAGCGGAGCUCCCGCCCCAAUGUACCCCCCAGCAAGUGCACCUCAUUUAUUACAGUUGACGACAGCAACAGCAGCAGCUAUGGCGGCUCUACAAGCAGCUCGCCCAUUGAUUGUACGCGUGAAGCGAGAUGAGGCAAAUGCAGGAAACGACUCGUCAUCAUACGGAGUUACUAAUGCUAUGGCAAUGGCCAUGGGCGUCGGAUCGUUGCACGGAACUGACAAUGAUGUCUUGACGGAAGUUGACAUCGAAGACGAAACACAACCCGGGGAGGUCGCCGAAGAUAUGCGGUUGGUGCAGCCUUCAACGUCAACUGCAGGAGCGGAGGCAAGGAUCAAAACGGAGCCGGUUUCUUCAGCAACAGCAACAGCAGCCGUUGGAGCGUCUCGAUCUGUAUCACUCGGGGGUCCCACGGGAGGUGGGAGCGGAGCUGCUGGCGCAGGACCUGGUGGCAGCGCUGGAGGUCCCGGUAGUUGCCUUGAGGAGAACAACUCAAAAUUCGAGAUUGGCGAAGAUGUGGCUUUUGUAGCCUCCGUUAUGCAGCACGCACAGGAGGUCGCCAGUCUCGGAGAGCUCGGCAAGGCCACUGAUCCGGUGCGGCUCUUUUCUAUUCAGACCAUGAUUGAUGGUGAGGAGAUUGGUGCGCGUGAUGGAUGAAACUAGGAAUUCAACAUUACGAUGCUGUUGUUAUUGAACGAUCGUGUUCCACGAACGUCACUAUGGUUUUCGUUAUCGUCAAAAAAAAUGUUGACAUUAUUGCUUGACUUAUUAGAGCAUUGCUUCUUAAAAUGUACACUAUUGUAGCGAUCACUGGUCAUUUGUCGAGGACAAAAAACGAGUGCUUUUUCGAACAUUAGAAGCCGCAAAAUGCCAGGUAGCAACAGGCCAGCAUUUACGAUUGAAAGGAGCGGAUCAGGACACACAUAAUUAGCAACGGUCGGAUUGACGAGAACUUAUUAAAUCUAAGAAUCCUUCCAAGUUGUUCAACUUCGAAAAUGGAACGGCACAGCACACUACGAUAGAGGACCAGAUGAGCGCCCCUUUGGCCACUCUUUUAUCAUACCACAAUCCUGCCUCAAAAAAUAAUGACCCGGCAAUAAACUGCAAACAGACUAGCAGUAAAAAAAGCGAAAAACUUGUUCAUAUAGAUCUCCGGUGUGGCCACGCCGCAACAUACAACUAACAACACAACACCAUUACCACAAGAGCACGUGUCAAAAAACGUGUAAAAAAGGAGAGAGUGGGGAUAGGGAUAAAACCUUGUGCAAAUGUACUUUAACUAUUAAUAUGUACUUUAUUAUGAAAUAGUAAUAAAAGGAUUGUUGAUUCUGUAAAUAAAUAAACGGUUUUGUAUACAAUCUUGAACAAUUUACCCAGAUGGCGUGAGGUUCUCAUUUAUUAGCAUUAGUUAACCAAACUGAUAUGUAUGAGACAAGAGUCACUUGACAGAUAUAU